CGCUAGCAGCGCCGCUGGGCAACCCGAGACACGAGAGCGCAGGAACCCCCGGGCCAGCGGAGGGCAGGAGCGGAGCCCCUGAGGGAGCGCGGGCCCCGACGGCGCGCUCCCUCGUCGGCCACGGGCAGGUAGGCCCCGCGUGGCGGCCGGAGGGGGGCUGCAGCGGGGCCCUCGGGCCGAAGGUCCCCCGGGCGGCCAGCCAUGACCUUCGGGCGCAGCGGGGCGGCCUCGGUGGUGCUGAACGUGGGCGGCGCCCGGUACUCGCUGUCCCGGGAGCUGCUGAAGGACUUCCCGCUGCGCCGCGUGAGCCGGUUGCACGGCUGCCGUUCCGAGCGCGACGUGCUCGAGGUGUGCGACGACUACGACCGCGAGCGCAACGAGUACUUCUUCGACCGGCACUCGGAGGCCUUUGGCUUCAUCUUGCUCUACGUGCGCGGCCACGGCAAGCUGCGCUUCGCGCCGCGGAUGUGCGAGCUCUCCUUCUACAACGAGAUGAUCUACUGGGGCCUGGAGGGCGCGCACCUCGAGUACUGCUGCCAGCGCCGCCUCGACGACCGCAUGUCCGACACCUACACCUUCUACUCUGCGGACGAGCCGGGCGUGCUGGGCCGCGACGAGGCGCGUCCCGGCGGGGCCGAGGCGGCUCCCUCCAGGCGCUGGCUGGAGCGCAUGCGGCGGACCUUCGAGGAGCCCACGUCGUCGCUGGCCGCGCAGAUCCUGGCCAGCGUGUCGGUGGUGUUCGUGAUCGUGUCCAUGGUGGUGCUGUGCGCCAGCACGCUGCCCGACUGGCGCAACGCGGCCGCCGACAACCGCAGCCUGGAUGACCGGAGCAGGUACUCCGCCGUCCCUGGGAGGGAGCCCUCCGGGAUAAUUGAAGCUAUCUGCAUAGGUUGGUUCACUGCGGAGUGCAUCGUGAGGUUCAUUGUCUCCAAAAACAAGUGUGAGUUUGUCAAGAGACCCCUGAACAUCAUUGAUUUACUGGCAAUCACGCCAUAUUACAUCUCCGUGUUGAUGACAGUGUUUACAGGCGAGAACUCUCAACUCCAGAGGGCUGGAGUCACCUUGAGGGUGCUUAGAAUGAUGAGGAUUUUUUGGGUGAUUAAGCUUGCCCGUCACUUCAUUGGUCUUCAGACACUCGGUUUGACUCUCAAACGUUGCUACCGAGAGAUGGUUAUGUUACUUGUCUUCAUUUGUGUUGCCAUGGCAAUCUUUAGUGCACUUUCUCAGCUUCUUGAACAUGGGCUGGACCUGGAAACAUCCAACAAGGACUUCACCAGCAUUCCCGCUGCCUGCUGGUGGGUGAUUAUCUCUAUGACUACAGUUGGCUAUGGAGAUAUGUAUCCUAUCACAGUGCCUGGAAGAAUUCUUGGAGGAGUUUGUGUUGUCAGUGGAAUUGUUCUGUUGGCAUUACCUAUCACUUUCAUCUACCAUAGCUUCGUGCAGUGUUAUCAUGAGCUCAAGUUUAGAUCCGCUAGGUAUAGUAGGAGCCUCUCCACUGAAUUCCUGAAUUAAUGCAUUGCAAAUCAAUUCUUGCAUACACUUCAUAGAAGGACUUGAUGCUACUUCAUAUUUAUGUGUUUCUUGCUGGGUGAGCGAGCACUGCAGUGGCAUUGUCAUCAUCUUGGUAGGGUAAAAAUUAUCCUUCCCAGCCGAAGGGAUAAAACGGUUUACUUAUGGAGUAAAUAGAAUUGAGACUGCAAAGGAAGAGUAAUGAGUCCUGGAGUAAACUUGAGGACCUUGCUUUAUUUUAGACUUGUUUUCCCCUUUCCUUGAAUGAUUACACAUUUAAAAUAUAUAUAUUAUUUGAACAUUUUAAAACAGAAAGGUACUAUUUUCCAAAGGUUUUUCCAUCUUAUGAAUUCAGAAGCUUGGAACUUGUGGUGUUUUUUGUUUGAGAGUAACAUUUUCAUUUCUAAAUGUUUUAUAAUUUCUCAUAUCAAUGUCAGAAGUAUCCUGGAAACAUAUGUCACAUGCAGGAACUGUUUAACAAAUACUUUAAAAAUUUGGCCAAAAUUUAAACUGUAUAGUGGAGCUAGAUACAAGUAAGAAUAGUAUUUGAAUGACUUUUCCAGCAUACUUCUCAAUUCUUUGCUUUAUUUUUGUGCCAAUUACUUGCUUUAUCGUGCAGCUUCAUGGAAGCUUGAGUAUGUUCUCCCUUUUUCACUUUGGAUUUCUUUGAUCUUUUUACUGAAAUGACUCAAAAGGUAUUUAAGAAUUGAAGAGAGCUUGUGUUGUUUAGAAUUUAUUGGAUAAUAUUUGAAUUCAUUGCUAUUCUAGGUGAUGACUGCCCUAAUAUUUACAUGUACAAACAAGGACAUAAAAAUUAUAAUAUGACUAGUUUGAGAAAACUCACUAUUACAACCUCUUCUUUUCUUAAUUUUCUCCACCAAACACUAGAGGUUUAAUAAGACUUAUCAGAUGAAAGGAUAUUUAUGUAGCUAUUUAGUACCAAAGUCAUACUUACGUGUUGUCACUGGAUUAUCAAAAAGGAAGAAGUGAAAUAUUACUGUACUCUUAGUUGCUGUGUAGCUAGGUCCAUAUUAAGCCAGUAAAAGCAAUGGAUACAUCAUUAUUUGAUCUAAUCUUUAACCAUUGUGAAUCACAGCUACACAAAAUCCUUGUGAGACUAUUGAAUAAUAUGCCAUCUUAAUCUGGAUAGAUUAUUAGGACUAGAUAAUGUAAAAGUGAUGAUUGUUUAGUAACUAAAUUUUAGCAAUAGGAAUUAGAAUUUUGCUUUUUCAAAACCAGUUACCAUAAAGAAGUUAGUAUAUAUAACACAAAUAAUUAGCAAAAGAUUCAUAAAAUAUCAAAUGUUGUACACAGUAAUUUUGUCAUGGAUUGGGAAAUGGUGGGUAGGAUGGAGGAUCUGGAUUUAUUUUAUCAAAUAGAGGUUUACCAGAAGUGUCCAUUAAAGGAAUUUUAGCCAUGAUCUAGUUCAAACCUCGACUAUUACAGGUAGGAAAUCAGGGCAGGAGAUGAUAUAAUUGUGAAAGAGUCAGGGCUAACACCUGAAUCUCUAGAAACCUAGCCCAGCAGUUUAAUCUUCACACACCUCUUGGUUCCGAGAAGAGCCUAGAAAAAUCCCACUUCUUUGUCAUGUCAUACUGAGAUAAUAAUAGCAAAACUGUUUUCUUUCUCUUAAUUUCCUUUCCUAAGCUUAUGUUACACUUUGGCCAUUAAAUAUCUUGCCUUAUCUUCCCUACUACUGCUGGUAUGCUACUUCUUACAUACUCAAAAGAAAUUUGAUUAUUUAUUGUAUAUUUAUUGUAUUCUAACAUAAUUGAAAUAAAUGGCAUGGAUUUAUUUUUUCUUACCUAUUUGGAUUAAAGCUUUGUGGUUCAUGCAAACAAUGUGCAGAUGAUAGCACCUUCAUAUUACUAAUAAAAAUAUGAUAACCAUCAAUUUUACUGGUACUGGGACCGCUUUAUGUGAUUAUGUCCUGUUUUCCCAAGUAAAUUAUAACUAUCUUGAGAGCUGGGAUCUUCUCUCAUGCAUACACUUUUAUAUCCCCACAGUGUCUGUUACAGACUUUGGCAUAAACUGUUGACAGAUUUGGGGGGAGAAACUUCUGUAUGAAGAGACAAGGAGAAGCGUAUACAUGUGCACAUAUACACACAGACUUCAUGCUACUCACUAGGUAGCUAGUGUGAAAUCUCUUGUUGGUGAUUCCAGACUUUCCAUAGGACCAGUUUUCAUUAAGAAGCAUGUUGGAUAAAUGUGCUUCUUGGAUAAAAGUGGCAGUUAAGCUACCCAUUUAUAAGGAGACAAUGAGAUGUGAUAGUUCAUAAGUGAAAAAAUAUGUAUUAGGGUUUUGUCUUCAUGGACAUUGUGGUUUUUUAGGAACAGCAUUUUCUUGCAACCUUCCCUGAGUGUUGCUACUUUUAUCAUUAUUUAUCUAUUUAUUUAUUUUUUAGAGACAGAAUUUUGCUUGGUUGACCAGGCUGGAGUGCAGUGGUGAGCUCAGUGGUUUGAGACUGAGCUCAUUGCAGUCUCAAAGUCCUGGGCUCAAGCAGUCCUCCCACCCCAGCCUCCCAAGUAGCUAGGACUAUAGGUGUGCACCACCAUGCUGGCUAAUUUUUUUAUUUUUUUGUAAAGAUAGCGGUCUCACUGUGUUGCCCAGGCUGGCCUCAAACUCUUAUCCUCAAGCAGUCUUCCCACCUUAGCCUCCCAAAGCACUGGGAUUAUGGACAUGAGCCACUGUGCCUGGCCUGUUGCUGCUUUUAAAAAAAAUCAUUAAGUAUCACUUCUUCCUUAGCUAUACUUACAGAUGUGUCUCAUAACUCAGUCUUCAUGGCAGAAAUGUUUUCACUGAGAUCUAUAUUGGUACCAGUAAGUCAGACAUUAUCCUAAAUUAAAAUACCCAAAGAGGAAAGAAGACCUCAUUUCAUCUUCAUUCUGAUUUUAUCACACCUGAAUUUAUAUGGCUUGAUCUUAUAUGUAACUUGUUUUGUAGUCUCUGAAACGAGAUUUUUUAGGAUUACAAACACAAAAUUAGGAAAUAUGUUUGAAAGUAAACAAACUGGCUGGGUGUGGUGGCUCAUGCCUGUAAUCCCAGCACUUUGGGAGGCCAAGGUAGGUGGAUCACCUGAUGUCAGGAGUUCAGGACCAGCCUGACCAACAUGGUGAAACCUUGUCUUAGUAAAAAAGAAAAAAGAAAGUGAACAAACUGACACAUGUUGGCCAGGCUGGUCUCAAACUCCUGACCUACCAAAGUGCAGGGAUUACAGGUGUGAGUCACCAUGCCUAACUUACAUAUUUAUUUUUUAGAACCAUAUCCAUGUCCAUGCUAUUUGGCAAAAACAAAACAAAACCAUAUCCGUGCUUUUAUACUAUAUACUCUGAAGUAAAAUGCCAAUCAUAAAAUCUGUGUGAGGCUUAGCUUUCAGAUCUAUGUGAAGGUUGUUUAAUUUUUCCUAGGACAGAGGUGGAAACUUUAGAUUUUUUGCUUUGAGAUAAACUACUUAAUCUCUUACCUGUAUUUUUUAUUCAGUAUUUCUUACCAUUUAGAAGGCUCUUAAAAACAAUAAAUAAUACAAUUCAUAUAAAUAUUCUAGUUUUAAAGUUAGAAUGAUGGGUCAUGGUUGCUUUCUUUCUAAGAUUUGGCUUAUACUAAUUUAAUGAAAACCACUUUUUAUUAGAUUCCCACUUAACUCCGUUUAAAAAGAUCAGAAACUGGGCACACAUAUGCUUGUGUGUCUUUUUCUUAAACAUAUGUUUUAUGUAUGCAUCUUUUUGUGCUAUAGUGCAAGGUGGAGAUAGGAACACUAUAGCAUGUAAGAAGUAAUUAGGUGCAUCCCACUUCGUGUAAUAGGUAGGUUUCCAGACAUUUGUAUGGGAGAAAAGGAUUGUAAAUGUCUUCAUAUUUUAUGUAAUGAUAGAUGUGUACAGGAACCUAAUUAAGGAAUCUAACCUGUGGGUCAUCUUUCUGUUGUGUUAUCUAUUGUCCCCUAAAGGAAAUUUUAAAAAAUAUUUCAUUUUUCAUACACUUUGAAACAACAAGGUCUUUUGAAAAGGGCAUUCCUGUAUAAGGGUUAAAACUUAAUCAGAUUUUAUUAAAAAGCCGGGCAUGGUGGCACAAGACUCUAAUCCCAGCUACUGAGGAGGCUGAGGCAGGAGACUCGCUUCAACCUGGGGGGCGGAGGUUGCAGUGAGCUGAGAUCACGCCAUUGCACUCCAGCCUGGGCAACAGAAUGAGACUCAAUCUCAAAAAAAAAAAAAGCAUAUGUAUAAAAUCAGAUAUGAGGAAUUAGAAUGUUUGACCUAAGGAUGAGGAAUUUUGUCAACUAAGAAAGUGUGUUUUUUCUGGUCCUCACAAAAUUUUCUAAGGGGUAUCUGGGAUGAUACAUGGAUAGGAUACCUUGUUUUCAUUCUCUGUUCUAGGUCUUUUCUGCUUUGCAAUUUCUUGGUUUAGUGACCCACACUCUAUUCUGUUUGAUCCCACACAAAUGAGUGUUAAGCAUGUCUUCACCAUGCCAAGAGGCAACUGAGUGGCCAGAAAGCAAAUGAGGAUAGUUGCUGGGUACAUAACUACCUUGACCAGUCGAUGUUGUUGGCAUUGUGGCUCUGUAGAUAAGCUUUAGUCUAUUUAGGAAGAGUUUUCAGGGAAGUUUAAAAAUGGAACUAAAAAAAUAUGGGAUGGUCCUAACAAUGCAUUUUUUAAAAAAAUUGAGAUAUAAUUCAUAUGCCGUAAAAUUCGUUAUCUUAAAAUGUACAGUUGUGUGUUUUUAAAUAUAUUUAUAGAGCUGUAUAACAAUCACCACUAUCUAACUCCAGAACAUUUUCAUGUACCCUGUGCCCAUUAGCAGUUACCACCCAUUUCCACACCACCCAUCUCCUGGCAACCACUCAUCUACUUUCUAUCUCUGUAGAUUUGCCUAUUCUGGACAUUUCAUAUAAAUGGAAUCAUAUGAUAUGUGGCCUUUUGUGUCUGGCUGCUUUCACCUAGUGUCAUGUUUUCAAGGUUCAAUCAUGUUGUAGUAUGUAUCAGUAUAUCAUUCCUUUUUAUAACUGAAUAAUGUUUCAUCAUAUGUGUAGUCUGCAUUUUGUUGAUCCAUGCAUCAGUUGAUGGACACUUGCUGGUUUCUACUUUUUGACUGUUAUGAAUAAUGCUGCUAUGAACAUUCAUGUACAAAUCGUCAUGUGGACAUAGGGUUUCUUUUUCUCUUGGAUAUAUACCUAGGAAUGGAAUUGCCAGGUUAGAUGCUAAUGUUUAACUUUUUGAGGAGCUACCAAACUGUUUUCCAAAGCAGCCGAGCAAUUUGAUUCCCACCAGCGAUGUGUGGGGGUUCCAGUUUCUCCACAUCCUUCCCAACUCUUUGUUAUUUUUCUUUUUUUAUUGCAUUUUAGGUUUUGGGGUACAUGUGAAGAGCAUGCAAGAUAGUUGCAUAGGUACACACGUGGCAGUGUGAUUUACCGCCUUCCUCCCCUUCACCUAUAUCUGGCAUUUCUCCCCAUGCUAUCUCUCCCCAACUCUCCACCCGCCGCUGUCCCUCCCUUAUUUCCCCCCAACAGACCCCAGUGUGUAGUGCCUCCCUCCCUGUGUCCAUGUGUUCUCAUUGUUCAACACCCGCCUAUGAGUGAGAACAUGCGGUAUUUGAUUUUUUGUUCUUGCGUCAGUUUGCUGAGAAUGAUGGUUUCCAGGUUCAUCCAUGUCCCUACAAAGGUCACAAACUCACCGUUUUUGAUGGCUCCAUAAUAUUCCAUGGUGUAUAUGUGCCACAUUUUCCCAGUCCAGUCUAUCGUCGAUGGACAUUUGGGUUGGUUCCAGGUCUUUGCUAUUGUAAACUGUGCUGCAAUGAACAUUUGUGUGCAUGUGUCCUUAUAGUAGAACGAUUUAUAGUCCUUUGGAUAUAUACCCAGUAAUGGGAUUGUUGGGUCAAAUGGAAUUUCUAUUUCUAGGUCCUUGAGGAAUCGCCACACUGUCUUCCACAAUGGUUGAACUAAUUUAUACUCCCACCAAAAGUGUAAAAGUGUUCCUAUUUUUCCACAUCCUCUCCAGCAUCUGUUGUCUCUAGAUUUUUUUAAUGAUCGCCAUUCUAACUGGCAUGAGAUGGUAUCUCAAUGUGGUUUUGCUUUGCAUUUCUCUAAUGACCAGGGAUGAUGAGCAUAAAAAUAAUAGCCAUCACAGUGGGUAUGAAGUGGUUAUCUCUCUGUGGUUAUGACUUCCGUUUCCCUAAUGACUAAUGCUGUUGGUUGUCUUCUCAUCUAUUCUUUGGAGAAAUGUCUAUUUAAACCCUUUGCCUUUAAAAAAAAAAUAGGUUUUAAAAAAAGUUGUUGGAUUUUAAGAGUUUAUUCUGGAUACUAGACCUUAUCAAAUAUAUGAUUUGCAAAUAUUUUCGCUUAUUCUGAGGGUUGUCUUUUCACUUUUUUAGUGGUAUGUAUCAUUUGCAGCACACGUUUUCAAUUUUGAUGCUGCCCAAUUCAUCUGUUUUUUCUCUUGUCUCUUUUGCUUCUGGUGUCAUAUCUAAUAAACCAAAGGCCAUGAAGAUUUACUCCUAUGUUUUUUCUUAAGAAUUUUAUUUCAUUUUAUUUUUUGAGAUGGAGUUUCGCUCUUGUCGCCCAGGCCGGAGUGUAGUGGUGCAGUCUUGGCUCACCGUUGAGAAUGGCUUGAACCCGGGAACCUCUCCUUCCCUGGUUCAAGCCAUUCUCCUGCCUCAGCCUUCUGAGUAGCUAAGAUUACAGGUGUGCACCACCAUGCCUAGCUAAUUUUUGUAUUUUUAGUAGAGAUGGGGUUUCACCAGGUUGGCCAGGUUGAUCUCGAACUCCUGACUUCAGGUGAUCCACCCACCUUGGCCUCCUAAAGUGCUGGGAUUACAGAAGUGAGCCUCUUCACCCGGCCCUGUUUUUAGUGUUAACUUUUAUCUUUAGGUCUUUGAUCCAUUUUGAGUUAAUGUUUACAUAUGUUAUGAAGUAGGAGUCCAAUUUUAUUAAUUUUUUGCAUGUAGAUAUCCAGUUGUUGAAAAGAUCAGUCUUUCCCCAUGUAACGAUAUUGGUACUUUAGUCAAAAAUCAGUUGACCUUAGUUAGAUGUGUGGGUUUAUUUCUGACUCAAUUCUAUUCUAGUGAUCUGUGUGUCAAUUUUUAUGCCAGAACAAUACAAAAGAUUGUAUCUUUGUGUAGUAAGUUUGGUAAUUAGGAAGUAUGAGUCUUCCUUUUUUUUGGUCGGGGAGGGGAUGGAGUUUCACUUAUGUUGCCCAGGCUGGAGUGUAGUAGUGCAGUCUCGGCUCACUGUAACCUCUGCCUCCUGGGUUCAAGAGAUUUAAAAAUUAUUUUGGCUAUUCCACAUCCCUUGCAUUUUUUUGUUUCUUUUUUAUCUUUCUUUCUUUCUCUCUCUCUUUUUUUUUGAGGCAGUGUCUCACUCUGUUGCCCAGGCUAGAGUGCAGUGCUGUGAUCACAGCUCACUGUAACCUCAGCCUCCUCAUGGGCUCAAGGGCUCUUCCCAUCUCAGCCUCUUGAGCAGCUGGAAGCACAAGCUUGUACCACCAUGCUCUCCCUGUGGUACUCAGGCUGAUUUUGAACUCCUGGGCUCAAGCAGUCUUAGCACCUUAGCAUCCCACAGUAUUGGGAUUACAGGUGUAGGCUACAGCGCCUGGCCAUUCCUUGUAUUACUAUAUGAAUUUUAGGAUUGGUAUGUCCAUAUCUGCAAAAAAAUCCAGUUGAAAUUUUGAUAGCAAAUACAUUGAAUCUGUAGAUAAAUUAAGGGAGUAGCAUUUUACUGAUACUGAGUCUUCUAUGAAUAUGAGGUGCCUUUCCAUUCGCUUAGGUCUUCUUUAAUUUAUUUCAACACUGUUUUAUAGUUUUCAGUGUAACAGUUUUGCAUUUGUUUGGUUUAACUUAUUCCCAAGUAUUUUGUUUUUGUUAUUGCAGUCCAAAGGCCAGAGAGUCUGGAAUUCUGAUGUCCAAGGGUAGGAGAAGAGUGUUCCCAGCUCUAAGGGAAAGAGAAGAAAUCACCUUUUCUCUGUCUUUUUUGUUCUAUCUGGUCCUUCAGCCAAUUGUUUUGUUUGUUUGUUUGUUUUUUGAGAUGGAGUGUUGCUCUGUCACCCAGGCUAGCGUGCAAUGGCGCCAUGAAGGCUCACUCACUGCAACCCCCACCUCUCAGGUUUAAGUGAUUCUUCUGCCUCAGCCUCUCAAGUAGCUGGGAUUACAGGGGUGUGCCAUCACACCUAGCUAAUUUUUGUAUUUUUAGUAGAGACGGUUUCACUGUUUUGGUCAGGCUGGUGUUGAACUCCUGACCUCAAGUGAUCUGCCCACCUUGGCCUCCCAAAGUGCUGGGAUUACAGACAUGAGCCACUGUGCCUGGCCCUUCAGCCAGUUGGAUGGUGUCUGCCCACAUUGAUGGUAGCUCUUCCCCACUCAGCCCACCGACUCACACACCAAUCUCUGGAACACCCUCACAGACACACCUAGCAGUAAUAAUUUACUUGUUCCCUAGCUAUUCCUUAAUCCUUUCAAGUUGACACCUAAAAUUAACCAUCAUACUUGUUGAACUCUUUAUUAGCUCCAAUAGUUAUUUAAGGAUUCUUUAGAGUUUUCUAUAUGUAAGAUCAUGCCAUCUGCAACCGGAUAUAAUUUUAUUUCUUUCUUUUCAAUCUGAGUAUCUUCUUUUUCUUAUCUAAUUGCCCGAGUUAGAACUUACAGUACAAUGUUAAAUAGAAGUGGACAUCCUGGCCUUAUUCCUGAUCUUGGGGGAAAGAUUCAAGUCCUUCAUUGCUGAGUAUGAUGUUGUGGGUUUUUCCAUAGAUCCCUUUACCUGGUUGAGGAAGUAUCCUUCUAUUACUGGUCUGUUGAGUGUUUUAUUUUUUAAAUCAUGAAAGGGUAUUGGAUUCUGUGUUUUAAUGAAGGAAUGGACAGACAUUGUGAGUUGAGUUAUACUGUCUAUAUCAGGAAAUUCAUUUUGUUGAAGUGAGUUUUAAAAUCUCUACAAGAGCCAGGCUCGGUGGCUCAUGCCUGUAAUUCCAGCACUUUGGGAGGCCGAGGUGGGUGGAUCAUGAGGUCAGGAGACUGAGACCAUCCUGGCUAACAUAGUGAAACCCUGUCUCUACUAAAAAUACAAAAAAAUUAGCUGGGUGUGGUGGCACAGGCUUGUAGUCCCAGCUACUCAGGAGGCUGAGGCAAGAAAAUCACUUGAACCUGGGAGGUAGAGAUUGCAGUGAGCCGAGAUUGAGCCACUGCACUCUAGCCUGGCAACAGAGCAAGACUCACUCCUAAAAAUAAAUAAAUAAAAUAAGAUAAAACCUAUUUUUUUUUUUUUUUUUUGAGAGGAGUUUCGCUCUUGUUACCCAGGCUGGAGUGCAAUGGCGCAAUCUUGGCUCACCGCAACCUCCGCCUCCUGGGUUCAGGCAAUUCUCCUGCCUCAGCCUCCCAAGUAGGUAGGAUUACAGGCAUGUGCCACCAUGCCCAGCUAAUUUUUCGUAUUUUUAGUAGUGAUGGGGUUUCACCAUGUUGACCAGGAUGAUCUCGAUUUCUUGACCUUGUGAUCCACCCUCCUUGGCCUCCCAAAGUGCUGUGAUUAGAGGCUUGAGCCACUGCGCCCGGCCAAGAUAAAAUCUUUACAAGAAACUUGUCAAGUUGAAGCCAUAGAAGUGCUUGUUGAUGGUUUUUAAACAGUUCUUCAAUUGAUAUACAUUUAAUGUUUUCUAAAUUCAUUAAACUGAUUCUCUUCAUUAACCCAAGUUAAUUUGAGUUUGUGUUCACUUGCCUAAAGCUACAGAGACACACAGACAUGAUGAGAGAUAAAAAAUUCCUUGCUUGUAUUGGUUGGUUCAUUGUAGAGCCUCCUUAUUACCUGACCUCAUGCUUCUCAAACUCAGUUAUUUCAGGGUCCUGGGAGAGAAUGUUGGAGGUUGUGGAUACAAGGUGCCUCUAUGUCCUUGAAUUGUCAAUGUUAGAACUCUUUCAGUGCUCUUUCUUCACCUGUCUUGGGAAUGCUUUGGCAGAAGAGCUGAGAAACAGCUCUGAAUUUCCUGGAACUGGAUUUCCCAACAGUGUUUAAUCCUAUCUUUCCAUAGUACUUACAGGAAGCACAAGUACCACUGAAUUACUGGGAUGGAGGGUGUAUUCCGAAAACAAGACUUGAUGGUUAAUUAACCUGCAACAUUGCCCUAGGAAAAGUUUUGGGUCUUCUUGUUGUUGUUUAAUUUUAAUCUUUUGUGUGCACAAAACAGGAGCAUUUGCCUAACAAGUGUCACUUCUGUGCUGGUCACUGUGGGGUACACAGAGAUGACCAUCAACUGGCCUCACCCUGACAAAUACGUUCUGAGAGAUCCUUCUACCUGCAAAAAGCCCUCAAAAGAUCCAUUCUGAGGGUCCUUUACACAAAUACUAACCCCAGAUUUUUUUUUUUUUUUUUUUGAGACGCAGUCUUGCUCUGUCACCCAGGCUGGAGUGCAGUGGCAUGAUCUUGGCUCACUGCCACCUCCAUGUCCCAGGUUCAAGUGAUUCUCCUGCCUCAGCCUCCCAAGUAGCUAGGAUUACAGGCAUGUGCCACUAUACCUGGUUAAUAUUUGGGUUUUUUGUUUUGUUUUGUUUUGUUUGUUUGUUUUUUUGAGAUGGAUUCUUGCCCUGUCGCCCAGGCUGGAGUGCAAUGGCACAAUCUUGGCUCUCUACAACCUCUGCUUCCCAGGUUCAAGCAAUUCUCCUGCCUCAGCCUCCUGAGUAGCUGGGAUUACAGGCACCUGCCACCACAUCUAGCUAAUUUUUGUAUUUUUAGUAGAGAUAGGGUUUCACCAUGUUGGUCAGGCUGGUCUCAAACACCUGACCUCGUGAUCCACCCGCCUUGGCCUCCCAAAGUGCUGGAAUUACAGGCGUGAGCCACCUGGACAGUUUUUGUAUUUUUAUUAGCGAUGGGGUUUUGCCAUGUUGGCCAGGCUGGUCUCGAACUCCUGACCUCAGGUGGUCUGUCUGCCUCAGCCUCCCAAAAUGCUGGGGUUAAAGGCAUGAGCCACUGUGCCUGGCUCCAAGCCCAGAUUUUUUAAUGUGAUUCGUCAUCAUAAGUGGAAUUUCCUUUUGGAAAUUAUGUUACUAAAAUCAGUGAAAAGCUUAAUAUUAUCUGCAAACAACAUUUCCUCAAAUGGUUGGAAGCUCACUUGCGAGUUUUCUGGUUUUUACUAACUUUUAAUAGAUAAAGCCCCGCUGGCAUUUUUUCAUGAGUAAUAUUUCUAAUGUAGUUUUUGACUGAAUACUUACAGUUCUCUAAUUUUGUACAUAUGCCCCAGAGGCCUUUGGUUAAUGGCUACAUUUUAAAUAAAUCUUGUGAAUGUUCUAGGCACAUAUUAAUCUUCAAUGCAAAUGUGUAUAUCAAACCUAAUGGAGUUAUGGUCCAAGAUUCUGGGCAUACUACAUUUGUAAUGUUACAUAUUUAUUUAAAAUGUUCAGGGAAAAAAAAGCUUUCAAAGAGAGAUGGACUUUGCCGUAACUGUAAAAUAAAUUUAUUCAGUACUAUUGAUAACAGCUAUUCUUAGGAAUAGCAGGAUCCCCACUAAUUAGUCAUUGACUGUUUGAAUAAUGGCUACAACUCCUAAAAUUUUAUAAAGUAAUGAAAAUUAUGGCAACUUUUUCAUUAAAAUGUAUUAAUAUUUUAUAAUUUUUUUUUUUGAGAUAGGGUCUUGCUUUGUCUGCCCAGGCUAGAGGGCAGUGGCACGAUCUUGGCUCACUGCAACCUCCACCUCCUGGGUUCAAGUGAUUUUUCGUGUCUCACCCUCCCGAGCAGGUGGGAUUACAGGUGUGUGUACACCUGGCUAAAUUUUGUAAUUUUAGUAGAGAUGGGGUUGGCAAGCCUGGUCUUAAACUCCUGGCUUCAAGAGAUCUGCCUCCCAGAGUGCUGGGAUUACAUGUGUGAGCCACCACUCCUGGCCUGGCGGUCUUUUAUUUUUGCUUAAUACUUUUUUUGGUUUGUUUGUUUUGGGUGUUUUGUCUUUUUUUUUUUUUGAAACAGAAUCUCACACAGUGGCCCAGGCUAGAGUGCAGCAGCAUGAUGACUCAUUGCAGCCUCCACCUUCUGGGCUCAAGUGAUCCUCCCACCUCAGCCUCCCAAGUAGCUGGGACUACAGGUGCAUAUCACCACACUCGGCUAAUUUUUAACUUUUUUGUACAGACAGGGGCUGACUGUGUUGCCCAGGCUGCUCUCAAACUCCUGAGCUCAAGUGAUUUUCCUGCCUUGGCCUCUCAAAGUGCUGGGAUUAUAGGCAUGAGCCACCUUACCUGGCCUGGUUAAUAUUUUUAAAUAUUUUGAAAAUAAACCUCUGAUUUUAGUUGGUUAGCUUAUAUAUAUGUAUAUACACACACACACACACACACACACACACAUAUUUAUUUAUUUAUUUUAAUGACAAUCUCUGUUGCCUAGGCUUGCGGGCAGUGGCACAAUCAUAGCUUAUUGUAGCCCCAACCUCCUGGGCUCAAGCAAUCCUCCCAUCUCAGCCUCCCAAAGUAGCUAGGACUACAGGCAUGCACCAUGAUGCUCAGUUAAUUUUAUUUAUUGUUUGUAGAGACAGGGUCUCAUUGUGUUGCCCAGGCUGAUCUUGAACUCCUGAGCUCAAGUGAUCUGCCUGCCUUGGCCUUCCAAAGUGCUGGAAUUACAGGCAUGAGCCACCAUGUCUGGCCCCCUAGUUGGUUAUCUCAAUAAAAUUUGCUUAGAGAAAAGAAAUUGUAGUCAGUAGCCUCUCAAAAAUAUAUCUUCCCCUCUGUAUUUAUAGAUUCAUUUGUUAUAGGAAAACACAGGUCACUGGAGGUAAUGGGGUGAUGAUUGUAAGGACACAACCGUAGCUGCCAGCCGAGUCUGGUGGUUCUGUUCUCUUUCCUCCUCCCUCUCAGGGUCUGACGUCACCCUCACCUGCAUGGUAUCUCUUCUUCUUUUCCAGUAUCUUCUUUACUUGAGGUUCACUUGUUGAUUCUCUUUGUACUUUCCAUCUUCAGAUUCCAGAGCAGAAUUAGCUGAGUCUUAUCAUCACCUGGGUUGGGGAGAGGCUUUACAAGCCAGGCUCCCUGCCCUGGAGGAAGCAGUGAUUUUGGGUGAGGUGAUUGCUGUGGGCAGGACAGUUUCUUUUAGAAGAAAGUGUUGGAAGUAUCCUAUGGUCCACAGAGACUGUGCAGAGUAACACCCUGGCCCACCGUGUUCAUGACAUUUUGCUGGUUGGACAUGAUGAGAAGGAAGUAGAAGUACUUAGAUGUCACAGUGAUUGACCUGUCUGGUAUCCUCAAGAGUAGAAAAUGAAUUUUACUCUAAGCUCAAAUUGCUGUUGGGAUUAGCCACAGUUAUAACAAAAAUGAAUCAUUCUGUGGCCAGAGGACAUGGCUGACCUGUGGCUGUCUCUAGAAAGGUGAGUGUUUGAAUUGAAGUCAUUGGCAUGUUCAGCUAAUUACCAAGUAAGCAGAUUUCUAGAUCUCUUCAAAUAAAAGAGCAUCUAUCUUGGUAUUUACUCUUAGAGCUCCUCUUGUCUUAUACCAAACUCUCCCCCGAUUGUUAGGGGACAUUUUUGCAAAGGAGCAACUCUGUGAGAUUUGACUUGAGGGUGCUUCUUGCCUUUUUUUUUUCUUUUUUUCUUUUUGAGAUGGAGUCUUGAUCUGUUGCCCAGGCUGGAGUGCAGUAGUAUGAUCUUGGCUCACUGCAACCUCCACCUCCUGGUUUCAAGUGAUCCUCCUGCCUCAGCCUCCCAAGUAGCUGGGAUUACAAGAGUGUGCCACUACACCCGGCUGAUUUAUAUAUUUUUAGUAGAGAUGGUGUUUCACCAUGUUGGCCAAGCUGGUUUCAAACUCUUGACCUUAAGUGAUGUACCUGACUUGGCCUCCCAAAGUGCUGGGAUUACAGGCACGAGCUACCACACCUAGCCUUGUGCCUGUUUCUGUAUGAAUCAGUCAGAGACCUCACAUCACUGACAUUAUUGUGGAAGUGGUAUUUGAGUUGUGGAUCUUUCUGGUUUCUUCAUAUGCAGCUGUUUCAAUGUUUAUUCUUAUUAUUUAUUAAGCUAGCUAGUCUAAUUUUCUGAAUCCCCUUUUGUUUCCUUUCUUUUGAUCUCAUUUGGAAAUGAAAUAAGCAAUUCCUAUCAAAAUUCCCAUUAGAACAUUUUUCUAGAGUACUUGAUUAAAUUGUUAGGUGAAAAUAAUUCGAGUUUUUUUCUCUUAAUGUUACUGAGAGUUUGGUAGAGGAAAUGAGUGCAGUAAUUGUCAAACUUUUUUUUUUUCUGAGACAGGGUCUCUCUCUUGCUGAAUCUGUAGUGCAGUGGCACACAAUCUCAGCUCACUGCAACCUCUGCCUCCCAGGCUCAGGCAAUUCUCCUGCCUCAGCCUCCUGAGUAGCUGGGAAGCUGGGAUUAUAGGCAUGUGCCACCAUGCCCAGCUAAUUUUUGUAUUUUUAGUAGAGAUGGGGUUUCACCAUGUUGGCCAGGAUGGUCUCAAACUCCUGACCUCAAAUGAUCCACCUGCCUUGGCCUCCCAAAGUACUGGGAUCAUGGGCAUGAGCCACAGUGCCUGGCCUAAACUUAAAAAAAAAAGUCUGCCUUCUUAGUAGUUCAUAUUUGGGAUGAUGAAUACUUUCUAUUUCUAUUUUAGGGAAAAUAUUUUGAAUAUGAAUGCAGUUAGUAAUCAGAUUGUUUUCACUGAAUGUCAUUGCAUCAGACUGUUCAAUAAUUCUUAAUUAUUGAAUAGUCUGAAUAUAGACACUGUAAGUCUUUGGACUAGAGCAUAAAUCCGGAGUACAUUUUUUCCAAUUUAUGUUGUAAUUAAUUAUUUUUUGCUUUUACAGCCCAAAACUGAUGGCUUACAUGUUAAUGUGCCAAAUGGCCUGUGACUUAGAUUUGUAUUAUCCUUCAUUUUAGAAAGCCAUUGACUUGAAAUCUCCGAAGGUAAACUUUUUGGCCAUUUUUAACUUGAGAGUAAAGGAUAGAUUUACUUUUGUAAGGUCACAGAAUAUAGAUUUUAAAUAUAUAUUAUGAAUACCAAGUUAUGGAUUAUAUUCUAUUUAAAUUAUUUAUGUAAAGAUAAAUGUCUGUUUUGCACUAAAAAAUACCUUAUGCAUUCAACCAUUUUUAUAUCAUGAUAGUUCAGUUUUAUGUUGAAAGAAUUUUUUUUUUUGAGACAGGGUCUCACUCUGAAGCCCAGGCUUCAGUACAGUGGCAAGAGAACGGCCCACUGCAGCCUCAACCUCCUCGGCUCAAGUGAUCUUCCCACCUCAGCCUCUCAAAUAGCUGGGAUUACAGGCACAUGCCACGACACCCAGCUAAUUUUUGGAUUUUUUAUAGAGAUGGGGUUUCACCAGGUUGCCUGGGGUAGUUUCAAACUCCUGGGCUCAAGCAAAUCCACCCACCUCAGCCUCUCAAAGUGCUGGGAUUACAGGUAUGAGCCACCACUCCUGGCCAGGAAAUGUUUUUAUUUGAUUCAUUUUAAAUUUGAUUUUUAGCUUAAGUUUAAUUUUGAUCAAUAAACUAACCACCUCACUAUCCCUCUUGAGACCAAGACCUUUUUCUUCAGUUUCAGAAUACCUUGAAUUUGGUUGCACAUUUUUACUAUUAUCAGAAAAUACGUCGAAGUAGCCUUAUAUCAAAGGUAGCCUUAUAUGGAGAGACUUAUGCAAAGGUAUUAGAGUAUUUAAUUUCUAGUAUUUUUUCUAGAAUUGAGAAUCUCGGGUAUUUCUGGGCAUAUAAGAACUUUGAGAAGAGUUCUUUAGUUAUGAGUAAAAAAUGUUAAGUACAUUGAGAAUGUCUUCACAUUUGUACUUAUGACAUUUGUACUUCUGUUGGGUAAAGUUAUACCUCAGUUUCUUGGUUGAUACUGCCAUAUAAGAUUCAUUAAUGGAUAAAUUGCUAUGUAUGUGUGUGAUAAAGAUAUUUGCCUUAAAAUAGAACACUUCUGUCUUGCAAACAGUUUAUGGUCAAAUUGCCUUUUCAUUUACUGCUCUUUCUGUGCACCUAGUGAAUGCAAGUCUGAUACAAAGUCCAUGGAUAUAAGAAAGAAGAUGAAGUGUCUUUUCAUUGUUAAUUAUCUGGACAUGGAUUAAAAAGUAUUUUCAACAUGUAAAGAUUUUAUGGAAAAAAAUUAAUACGUGUGUGUUGUUUGACUUUAACUGCUAAAGAUAGCAAGUGAUUGAACAGAUAUAUAUUGGUUUUAACCAUUAUUUUUAUUGACCCUAUUCUCAAUGAGAGUAGUGAUUCAAUUGUGUGUGUGGUCAGUUUUACUAUUUCCACUGUAUAUACAUAACUACCAUUAACUGUCAUCCUUAAUGGAUUCAACCAAUGAGGAAGAUAAUGUGGAUGGAAAAGAUUGUAUUAUUGUUUGGGAUUUAAGGUAAUAAUUAUAUUGUUUGGUAGCUGUUUUAGGAAUGAUGGUUUACAUUGACAUAGCUUUUAUUUUCUAAUAAAAAGAUUUCAAAUCAGCUCAAUUUAUGUGACGUUUUCUAUUUUAAUACGGGAUUGGUGAAAUAUGCAGUCAUUUGGGUCUUUUCUCGUUCAGCUGUGUUACUUAUGUAUUUGUCAGAUCUUUAAUAGUAUCUUUAAAUGGGCAUCAAAUAUUUGAUUAAUUUGUGGUUGGAGCUUUUUAGCAUCUUCAGUUCUUAAGGAAAUCAUAUUUUAUAAAAAUUAACUUUGUUUUGAUAUAAUUAUGUUGUAUGUACACCUGAAAAAAACUGUACAGCUUGAACAUCUGAAUAGUUAAUAUUAAAUACAUGUUACUAUCUGUUGCAUCAACUUCAUUAAUUCGUGUACAGUAGUUCAUCUUAGUGAACUUAUUUCCCUUUUGUUCUGAACCAAAACUUCACUUUGCAAUAAACUACUGGUGGAUGAAGCACAAA